UAUUUACCUCUAUAAACAAUGCGGCCUCGAAUGGUUUGAACGAGAGAGUCAAUCAAACCCUGGUUAAUGGAAUCCGAUGUAAACUCAAUGGCGGUGACAGAAGAGCGUGGUCGAAGAUCGCGGAGGACUGCGUGGACGAGUACAACCGUACCACCCAUAGCGUGACCAAAUUUGAGCCAGACUACCUCAUGUACGGGAAAACCUCUGAUAUCAUACCACGUGAACUUAUAGAGAGCCGCGACAUGCAGAAAGAUCGCUCGGAAGCCCUUUUAAAUUCCAUAAGCAAUUUCGAGAGGAAUAAGCGGAGAAUCGAUCGGCUCAGAAAAGACGAAGGUUUCAGAGCUGGCGAAUACGCGUAUGUUGAAAAUGGAAAUCGUUUGAACAGAGGAAAACUCGAAGAGGUCAGGGGUGGCCCCUUCAGAGUAGUAAAAAAGAUCUCGAAUUCAAUGUAUGAAAUAGAUUGUGGCAAAAGGAAGAAAGAAGCGAAUCUCUUCCAUGUCAGUAAACUUCGACGCGCGAAGGCACUCGGGGGAGGGGAGGUGUAA